UCGUUGUGUAUACGUUGAGCGCGAUGGACUUCGCCAACAAAGUAGUCAUAAUUACUGGCGCUAGCUCCGGCAUUGGCGCAGCUGCCGCACUCUCAUUUGCAAAGCAAUCCGCGAAACUUGUACUGGUAGGACGAAACGAAACCAAUUUAAAUCAGACUGCAUCCAAAUGCGAACAAUUUAAAAACAUAAAACCAUUAACUGUUAAAGCCGAUAUCACCGUCGACCAUGACGUUAAAAAUAUUAUCGACCAAGCCAUUGAAACAUUUGGAUGUAUUGAUGUUCUUGUAAACAACGCUGGAGUUGGAAUACACGGGAGUAUCUUAGAAGGCGUGGAGCUAUACGAUAAAGCAAUGAACAUAAAUGUGCGAGCUACCUAUCUGAUGACCAGUCUCGCCGCACCCUAUCUCAUCAAAUCGAAAGGGAAUAUAGUGAACGUUUCGAGUAUAGCAGCGCUGAAACCUAUCAAGGAUUUCAACUUCUUGCCUUAUUGUGUCUCUAAAGCUGCUCUUGAUCAGUUUACUAAAUGCGUUGCGUUGGAGCUUGCUUCAAAAGGAGUUCGAGUGAAUUCUGUAAAUCCUGGUUGUACGAGAACUAAGUUUAUAGAGGCAGCUGGCUUUCCAGUUAAUGAUGAAAUGAUGGAUAGACGUGCUACAGAGUUUCCUCUUGGAAAAAUGGUGGAAAGUGACGAGGUUGCUGACCUGAUUCUUUAUCUGGCCAGCGAUCGCGCGCGCAGUAUCACCGGUUCUAUUUACGUUAUAGAUAAUGGUGAAUUGCUAGUGUGAUAUUCGAGUUUAUUACCCCUUCACAUGACAGUGAUUUAUAGCUGACAGUGUGUAAUUUGGAAAAUUAUUUGAAAUCCACGGUGCUUUUGCGUUCAAUAAAAUAUAUGUUAUGAAUAGAUUAUAUAGUGUUCGGGUAAAUUUUUAAAGUUCCGAUCCAUUAUUAAUUUUAGUAAAUUAACUUUGAACCAUUAUCAGAUCGCAGUGAAUUGGGUAAUAAAGAUAAUACUCGUAACAACAUAGUCUUGAUAAGAAUGUGGAGAAACUGUUAAUAUAUAUUUAUAAUUAUAAUUGUUUAUCUGGGUGUUACAAAAUAAUUUUCAUUUAUCUUUUUUAAAGAGUUCCGUAGUGGUAGCGUAUUUUUUGUGAUACUUAAGAAAAAAAACAUAUUUUUGAUUCAGUGCCUAAUAAAAAGCUCAUCCUCAUAAUAAAUUAAUAUCAGAGUGAUUAAUUUGCUUACAGU